AUGGCCAUCACCGUCACCUCCAUCGGCAUCGGCAACAUGGGCGCGGCCCUCGCCAACGCCCUGCUCAAAUCAGGCAACGUGAACCUCACAAUCUGGAACCGCACCGCGUCCCGGCCGCAGGUUCAGUCACUCAUCUCGGCAGGAGCCACCUUCGAGCCCUCACUCGCCACGGCCCUGAGUAAGAGUGAUAUCAUCCUCUUCUGCGUGCUCGACUACAGCGUCAUCUCCACCGUGCUCUCGCAGCUCGACACCAAAGACAGCAAGCCCUUCGCCGGCAAGACCAUCCUCAACCUGACCAACGGCACGCCCAAGCAGGCGCGCGAGAUGGAGGCACACUGCAAGUCCGCCCUGGGCGCGGCGGCCUACUUUGACGGCGGCGUCAUGGUCACGCCGCAGCUGGUCGGCACGCCGGCCGCGUUUGUCGUGCUCUCGGGCGAGACCGAGGAGAAGUACAAGGCCAGUCUCGAGGCGUCGGGCCUUCUGAAGCCCGUCGGCGGAGUGCUGUAUGUCGCUCAGGACCCUGGCGCGGCGAGCCAGGUCGACUGCGCGGCGCUCGCGAGCAUGUUCGGCAUGUUCAUCGGCGCGUUUACGGGGAUUGGGUUGAUCAAGAAGCUCAAGGCGGCCGAUGAGGAUGGUGCGGGUGUUGCCAAGGCUAAGCCGCUGGUUGAUAAGGUCAUGAUCCCCCUUUUGACCGCGCUGGUUCCCUACGUGGGGUUGCUGGCUGAGCAGAUCGACCAGGAGCGGUGGAUGGAUGAUCUGGGGAAUCCGCUCGCUAUGCAGGCUGAGGGGGUCAGGAACAUUUUGCAGUCGUGUGAGGAUGAGGGGGUUGAUGGGACGGGGUUGAAGUUCCUCUACCAGCUCAUGGAGCGGGCUGUGAAGGAUGGGUUUGGGCCCGGCGGCGUGGCUGCUGUGGCUAAGUAUAUCAUUUAG